AUGGCUCAGGCUAGGAGGAUAAAUUCUGUCAAAAAAUUAAAUGGAAGUACCGGAUGUGGAUGGCUGAUUAACGUCAAGUUGUGCAAGUUGUGGGAUCGCCAUCAUUUUAAAAAUUGGGACAGAGUUGAGAGCCGUGAAAUGCUUCUUAUGGAUUCAAAUGGUGACAGGAUUGUUGCCGGGGUCCAUCGUGACCACUUUCAUCGUUUCAACGAAAAGCUCAUUGAAGCUACUUCUUUACUGAUCUCUAACUUCGGAUGUGCAAAAAAAGGAGAGAGAUUCAAGCAGUGCAAACAUGUUUUCCGGAUUAAAUUUGAUGAGCGUACGACAAUCGAACCAGGCCCGUAUGUUGACACUACCAAUUUUGGAGGAAUCCAUGGCUUUGAUUUUGUCAGUUUCGCCUAUAUCAAUGCGACAAAAGAUUUAUCCAAAUUAGUAGGAACAAUUGAUGAUGUCAUUACAUGGCAUAAAAUCACCAUUGAAGAGUUGUCGACUAUAACUAUACCAAGGUCAAACUAUGCACUUAUUGCCACUAUUGAGGCUCUUGAUCCGGAUUUUGGAUGGUAUUAUAUUAGUUGCCGCAAAUGUCACAAAUCUGUAAAGGAAGAGGCUGUUCCAAUUGUUGUGGUAAAAAUUGAAGGCGAAACAUCGUCUAAGAAGUCGAGGUCACAAAUUCCUUCAAAGACAGUGUUUCGUUGUGAGACCGAAGGCUGUCCUAAACCAAUAACCACAGCAAGUCCAAGAUACAAAAUGAGACUUGAUGUUGAAGAUGGGACACCGGGAUCUUGCACUUUUGUGAUGUUUGAUGAUUGUAUUCGCCAUCUAAUGAAUAAAUCAUGCGAACAAAUCAGAGAAACUAUUCCACCAGGUACCCCCAACAAUCAAAUACUGGAGGAACUUUACCAACUUGUGGGGAAGAGGCUCAUAUUCAAAUUUGAGGCGACUGAUUAUGUCAUACAAACGGGGUCGACGGUUUACAAAUGCACAAAAAUUAUUGAGGAUCCCAUACUUAUUAAAAAAUUUGAGAAUGUUGUUUGUCCUGUAGAGAUUGAAGAUGAUAACAGUAUCACCAAUCUGGAUACAUCUAAUGUGGCUAUUUCGCGGUCUGUUUCCUCAAACAUCCCCAAGGUGACUGGUUCAAGCUCUAUUGGAACUGAAUAUGAUCAAGACGAUGAACCUAUCACUCCUGUUAGUUCUAUUCAAAAGUGGAAAGUUGUUGAGAUUGACGUCGACGAUCAAGAACAUCAGGCUUUAACUAAUAAAAAGCAUGUCUAA